UAAAAUAUUUAAUGGAAAUUUUCACAAAGUAAGAAAAUAGUUACAAAAAAAAUUAGACACAGUUUUUGACAGCCUAAAACAAUUCCUCUAACUACGCCCCUGGUAUGCAUACAUACAUAAGUACGUUGAGGCGAUGUCGACGACGACAGCGACGACGACGAAGCGCGAACAAGCAACGAAACGACGAAACGAUGAAACAAACGAUGGCAUGACUGUACUAUGUAUGUAUGUAACUACAUACAUAGCAGCGUGUAUACCAAACAGCGACAACAACAGCCAAGCACACACACACGGACAUAGAGUGAGUGUUGCAUUAGUAUGUGUGUAUGGCAUGCAGGUAUAGCGGAGGGUAUGUACGCGCUUCGCGCCUGUUGCAAAAUUCAGUGCCGCUGUUUCGUUCGUGACGAAAGGAUGUACGGCCGGUUGUAGGCUGUACAUACAUACAUACAUACAGUUACAUAUACAUGUUCAUAGGCAUAAACAUGCACAGCUUCGAUAUGCACACACACAUGUAUGCGGAUAAUAUGCCAAAGAGCAAUGAGUACGAGGAGCUGUCGCAACUGUUAAAAUCUUGGAACGUCAGCGAGCUGUUGCCAUAUUUGCAAGAAGAGGCAAUCAAUACACAGGAGCUGCAGAUGCUCAAGCGUCAUCAUGUGAAUGAGCUGCUGCGCAACUUUCGUUACGGCACGCGAAUUCGCUUUGAACAUCAUUUGGAACGUUGGCGUCGUUGGCUCAAUGUACCGUUGCAGGAUGAGCAGCACUACGGCGGCAGCAGCGGCAGCGGCAGUGUACAUUGCAGGGGCUGUAACUGUUCGACGAACUUAACGAAAAGUCAUUCCAAGCCCGAUUUGUGCGAUGAAAGAGCGAAACAAUUGCCCGCUGAACCCUUUGUUUCGCUCAAUGAGAUGACAGACGGAGGGACAUUCAAUGUGCCCUUGCCACUGGGCGACCACAGUGAGCUAGUUCAUACGGAACUGGUUACAGCGGAUCUGAUAAAGCCGGAAAUAAUGACCGAUCCGGAUGGUAGUGAAGAGAGCGGCGUCACAGUGCUUGCCAUAUUACAAGCGUCGCCAGUUAAGGCUCAGUCGUUGCUCGAGAGGAUCGGACAAAAUGAACAGUUGGAUGCCGUGCAGCGAUUGCUAUUGAUCCAGCUCAUUUGCAGUUACUAUGAGGAUAAUCGAUUGCAUUUGACAUUGCAGCGAAGUCAUUUGCUAGAACGCGAAAUCCUCCAGCUCUUUCCCAAGGAGCAACUGUGCUUCUAUCGCACCGAACGCAGGGGCAAGAUCUAUGUUAGAUUUACCAAUAUGAAGCGAAACAAACGCUUUGGCACGCUGCGUGAACAGAAGCGAAGACGUGAGGAAUCGAUGGCACCGCCCAGUUCGUUUGUCCCGAAGGAGGUGACCUUUGGCGGGGACCCCAUGUCCAGUCCCGAGAGAUCAGAUUGAUAUAUGGCUAUAAGCUAAGUUUACUCUUAAGUCAAUUAGCUUUUAACUAUUUUAACUUAUUCUUAACUUAUCUUAAAGUUAACUAAGCAAAAGUUUAUAUCAACUUGAAUUAUAUAAUUUUUUUUUAGUUUCGAGAGUUC